CCCGCCCGCCCGCCCGCCCGCCGCAGCCCGGCCGCCGCCGCUCCGCCAUGCAGCUGUGGGUGCUCCUCAGCCUGCUGCUGCUGCACGAGACGCUGCCGCACGUUAUUGGACAGUCUCCAAAGAGUAAGCGUCCUAAAGAACCAGGGGAAAACAGAAUUAAGCCUGUCAGCAAAAAAAUAAAACCCCAAAGCCCCAAAAUGAAGGAGAGAGAACCUGCUGACCCCUCUUCAAAAUCCCAGUCCAUAAUGACACAGGUGAUGGAUAAAGGUCGUUUCCAGAAACUAGCUGCCACUUUAAGUCUGUCUGCAGGACAAAGCAUAGAACUGCGAUGUAAGGGCAGUAAUGUUAGUUGGAGCUAUCCUUCAUACUUAGACACCUUUAAAGACUCCAGACUCAGUAUAAAGCAGCUUGACAGGUAUGGGCAGCUGAUCCUUGCAAACUCCACUGCAGCAGACACAGGUGAAUAUAGCUGCUGGCUUCAGCUGUGCAAUGGUAACAAAUGCAGGAAGGAUGAGACUAAAAUGGGUUCAACAUACAUCUUUUUCACAGAUAAAGGGGAACUUUUUGUUCCUACUCCCAGUUAUUUUGAGAUUGUUUACCUGAACCCAGAUAAACCUGCAGUCAUCCCGUGCCGUGUUACUACUCCUUCAGCAAAAGUAACUCUACACAGGGAAUUUCCAGCAGAAGAAAUUGAAACAGAUGGAACUAAUAUUAUUUAUGAUGUGAAGAAGGGUUUUGUCUACCAUCACCCAACUUCUGAUCAUAAAGGUAUUGUCUACUGCAAAGCAGAGUCACAGGGAGCACCUCAGAUUUCCAUCAAGUAUCAUCUACUGUAUGUGGAAGUUCCCAAGGGCCCACCCUCAACUACAAUUACGGCAUCAUCCAAUAGAGCAGAAGUCAGUGACAGCAUUAAUGUAAUCUGCACAGUUCUUGGGGAGCCAGAUGUAGAUGUGAACUUCAGUUGGCAGUACCCAGGGCAAGAGUCUGAGAGGCCUGUGAUUAUCCAAAACUUCUGGAGACUGAUCAACAGAGGAACCGGCCAUACCACGAGAAUCUCAAAAAGUGUUAUUGUUAUUGAAGAUUUUGAAGCAAGAGAUGCUGGGAACUACAUUUGUAUAGCUCAGAACCUACAAGGAGAAACAACAGUAGCUACUAAGGUUGAACUAAACUGAUAGGAAAGACUUCUGCACAUAGAAUGAACUGUUAGUAUGUUAUUUGACACUUUAACCAUUUAGUUCUUUGGUAAUGUUUAAAUGAAGUUUUCUCCCACUGUUCCUUUUCAUACAUCUUACCUUUUUACUAGCUGGACACGCCAAAGUAGAGUUCCUUAUAAUUGGCAGUAGUCAACUGUGAGAUACAACUCCUGUAAGUAUAUGCACAUUCAGGCUUAAAGUUUAAUGGCUUAUUAUAUUUAGGAAUAGGUGCUCUUGGGCUUUCCUUUGCACAUUGUGAAAGACUGAGGAAGACGACUAAGUUAACCUGCUGGGGGAUUUGUGCCUUUGUGUGUGCGUGUGAAAACUGAUAAGAUAUUUAAUAUCUUCAAAAAUCCAGCAGUGCAGGUCUCUCUCUUUUGGUGCUGUGCAAUUUUAAACUUUAAAGUACUGUAUGUGUUAAAAGUUACCUUAUUAGCCAAUAGCAAUGUUUAUUUUGCAAGAAUAAUUAAAUUUUUGAACAUUCUAAAAA